AUGAAACCAAUCACUUUGUGGUUGAUUUGUGCAUUUCUCAUUUCUAUUGUUCAUGGUUCUCUCAAGAUUUAUAAUGGGGAACCAGUAAAUGAACACAUUCCUUUCAUUGUGAGUUUAAAGAUACCAAAUGAUUUGUGUGGAGGAAGUAUUUUGAAUGAACGCUUUAUUCUUACCGCUGCCCAUUGUUUUUGGUUUGCCAAAGAAUGUGAAGAUAUUAUAGUGGGUGCUGGUUCUAAUAUUCUGGACGCUCCAUUACAACAAAGAAAAACACCUUUUCAUAGGGAUCAGUAUGUGCCACCUACAUUCGAUGCGAAAGGAAAAUGUUUAUUCUCCGAUCUAAGAAUUGUUGAUCUUGGAGCUGGUAAUGAAUUAAUAUUUGACGGUACAGUUUCACCAGCUUUAUUAGACACUAAUGGUCCCACUGUGGGUGCGAGCGUUACUUUUGCUGGAUGGGGUAUUAGAAAUGAAAACUCUCCUCAUUCACAAAAACUGUUCAAAACAACAGAGAUUAUUCAAGAUUAUAAGACUUGCCCUAUUACUGAUGAAAAUUUUUUGCAUUGUACACCAAAUGAAAGUAGUGGUCAAUUUUGUGCAUGGAACGAAAAAAGUAUUUCUUGUCCAGGUGAUUCUGGAAGUCCAGUAUUUUAUGUAGCUAAUGACAAGUCCAAAAUAGUUACUGGUGUGGUUAGUGCUACCACUGCUUAUGAAAAGAAAACAUGUUUGCAACCUGGCCAGAAGGAUUUACACACAUCAGUAGCAAAACACACUAAUUGGAUAAUAGAAUAUACAAAUCAAAAUACGUUAUAUGGGUGGGGAAGAAUGGAUGACCACUUUUUAUUCUGGAGAGAAAACCCUUCACAAGACGAUUCCUUAACCAAUCCAAAGAUUAUUAAGAUGAAUCCCUCUGAAGGUGUGAUGCCAAUAUUGAGAAAACUGAGACCAACAAAAGGAAAGUUUGCACUUGGUAUCUCCGCUUCAAAUAGACUAUAUUUAUGGGGUAGAGGAAACCAAUAUCAAUUAGGAAAUGGGAAGAAUUCUGACAUUCUCCAUCCAACUGUUCAUAAUUUUGUUCUAGAAAAUAUUUUAGAUGCAUGUGGGGGUUAUUCACAUUCACUAGCCCUUAGUACUGAUGGUAAGGUUUAUGAAUGGGGAACACUCGCCGACGCUAUUAAGAAGACACCAACUGUAGUUGUUUUUCCCAAUAAUGACAAAAUCAAAAGUAUAUCCUGUGGCCACAGUCACAAUCUUGCAGUUUCACAAGAUAUGAAAAGAUUGUAUUUUUGGGGUAAAAAUCAAUAUGGAGAGGGAGGGAAUAUUAAGGGUGCCUGUGCAUCAAAUCCUAAAGCAUUCAUCGAGCGUCCAAUCCUUAUCUCAAUCGAUAAUAAUGAUUUUACCAUUAUUAGUAUUUGUGCAGGAGAUUCAACCAGUUAUGAAGUAACAUCAAAGGGACAUGUUUAUUCUUGGGGUUAUAAUGAACAAUCUCUUCUAGGAACAGGUAUUUCUAGUAUUUGUAUUGGAAUACCAACAAAAAUAUCUGUGGAAAAUGCAGAAAGAAUGUAUUGUGGUGAUCAAAUGUGUUUUGUAAAAGCUGUUAACAAUGUGUACGGAUGGGGAAUUAACAAGUUUAAUGAGAUAGAUGAAUCUGGACUUCCAAUUAUAAGCCCCAUCAUUACAAACAUUGAAAGCGCGUCUGAUAUUACGAUUGGAAAUGAUUUUGUUUUAUACAAAAUAUCUGAUAGUUGGUAUGGCAAAGGAAAUAAUUAUAUGGUAUCGGGUCCUUCUAACUUUAACAAAGGAGUUGAUAUUGAAUGCACAAACUAUUAUUGCUUUGUUUUUGGUCAAUCAGUGAAACUGAGAAUUGAUGUAACAUUCAAAUAUAAUCAAAAUUAUGGACUGUUUGAGUCUGGUUUAGGUGACUAUGAAAUUUUAUUGAUUUUAUUCUCAUUAUACACUCCUGUAGUAUUAAGAAACAGAAAUAAGAGAAAUGGUGGACGAAAGAGAAGUUUUUGA